CCUCUAUCAGGCGCUGAAAUGACACGAGUGUGCUUGAUCGUCCUGCUGAUGAGUAACGCUGCUUCAGUCUCAACGCAGUUUAAUGGAUACAAUUGUGAUGCCAACUACCACAGCAGGUUUCCCGGCGAGCGGGACAUCAGUGUGUACUGCGGGGUUCAGACCAUUACCUUGAAGAUCAACUUCUGCCCUGUGCUGUUUUCUGGGUACACUGACACAGAUUUGGCCCUGAAUGGUCGCCACGGGGACGCCCAGUGCCGUGGCUUCAUCAACAACAACACCUUCCCCACAGCAGUCCUGUUCAGUAUCAGUCUCAGCACCCUUGAGGCCUGCGGUAACAGCCUGGUGGUCAGCACAGCCUACGGGGUCAACGCCUAUGGGAAUAUGUCUCUAGUACAAAUUGGGAACCUCUCGGGCUAUAUCGACACCCCUGACCCGCCAGCUAUAAUCAGCUACUUGCCCAGUUUGUUGUAUAAAUUCAGCUGCAGCUACCCACUGGAGUACCUGGUCAAUAACUCACAGCUGGCAUCCUCUUCUGCUGCUGUCUCUGUCAAGGACAGCAACGGUACAUUUGUGAGCACACUGAGUAUGAUCUUGUACAAUGAUUCAACCUACAAUCAACCUCUCUCAAUUCCAAUGGCUGGACUUGCUCUGAAAACCAGAGUAUUUGCUGCUGUGAAGGCCACAAACUUGGACAAACGGUGGAACAUCUUGAUGGACUACUGUUACACAACCCCCUCAGGGAAUCCUAAUGAUGAACUACGCUACGACCUUUUCUUUGGCUGCUACAAAGACCCACAAACAACCGUUUUUGAGAAUGGGAAGAGUCAGAUGGGCCGUUUUUCCUUCGAGGUUUUCCGUUUUGUGAAACACAGACACCAGAAGAUGUCAACCGUGUUUUUGCACUGCGUCACAAAGCUUUGCAGAGCAGACGAUUGCAUUAUGCUCAUGCCAAUCUGUGGGCGACGACGCAGGCGGGAUGAAGGAGCGAAUCCUGAUUCCCUCCCAGCAGCAUCUGGGAACGCCAUCAUCACCGCUGGACCAAUCAUCACCAGGAGUGAUGAAACUCCUGUCAACAACUCUCAACUAGCAUCUGGUGACCCCUCCCAUCCGAUAAACCCAGUGACCAGCGCUCUGAUCUCAGGCGUGGUCAUCCUGGGCGUGGUCAGCGUGGGCUUCUUACUGCUGUUGCUCCACCUCCUGCAGAAGUCCCGCCUCUCCACGGCCGCAGCCUCAGGUGUUUGGAACCCCAGCUUUAAAUGA